AAGUGUAUUUAAUUGUAGUGUUUUACCUCACAGUUUAUUGUCGUGCCCUAAAUCGAAAGCUCUCGCACAGCAAGAGAAAGGGCGACCAUCUAUUCUCAACAAUGGCGGACGAAGAUUACGAGAUCGACACGUAUGAAGAUGAGCCACAAGAACCUGAGCCUGAGGAAGGGGCAGAAGAGGAACUUGAUAACGAUAACAAUGAAGAGGCCGCGGAUGCUGUUUUAGCUGAUGGUGAGGAUAAAGAACCGGAGCCCAUUGAACGAGAACGUAAAACAUCAAAAUAUAUGACUAAAUAUGAACGUGCCAGAAUUCUCGGUACCAGGGCAUUGCAAAUCAGCAUGAAUGCACCUGUGAUGGUUGAGUUGGAAGGGGAAACUGAUCCACUUGAGAUUGCAAUGAAAGAGCUUCGACAGCGUAAGAUACCUUUCACAAUUCGUCGCUAUCUGCCUGAUGGAAGUUACGAAGAUUGGGGAGUCGAUGAGCUGAUUGUUGAAGACUCGUGGAAGAGGCAAGUUGGCGGUGAUUAAUUGGAUGAUUUGCGUCUUUAAUCUGUUAUGUUAGGGAUGAUAUGUAUCGCACUUAUUAUAACUAAUAUUUUGUCCAGUAAUGUGAAUGUCUAGUAAUCAUAAUAUUGUGUUCAAACUAAUUAUAUGAUUAUCCAAAAUUUUUGCCUUAUGCAAGAGUUAACUAUGUUUUUAUUAACUGUUUGUCUGAAUUUCUCAUGGGGCCACUUUGUCU